GCAUUAGGCUGAUAUGAGCGAUUAGCCUGAAAAGUGGCCGCUAAGGCUGCACGUUAAGGUUUUCGAUGCUCACGCAUAUGGAGCCAAUUUCUGAAGCACCAUGGAUAAAUACACUAAGGUGAACAAAAUAGGUGAAGGAUCUUUUGGAAAGGCAGUCCUUGUUAGAUCAAAAAAGGAUGGCAAACAGUAUGUCAUUAAGGAGAUCAGCAUCUCAAGGAUGUCCAAUAAAGAGAGAGAAGAAUCGAGAAGAGAAGUGGAAGUUCUAGCACACAUGAAACAUCCCAACAUAGUACAAUAUAGAGAAUCAUUUGAAGAAAGUGGCUGUCUGUACAUAGUCAUGGAUUAUUGUGAGGGAGGAGAUCUUUACAAAAGGAUCAACAACCAAAAAGGAGUUUUAUUCUCAGAAGAUCAGAUUUUAGAUUGGUUUGUACAGAUCUGCUUGGCAUUGAAGCAUGUUCAUGAUAGGAAGAUUCUUCACAGGGACAUAAAAUCACAGAAUAUCUUUUUGACCAAAGAUGGAACAAUACAAUUAGGAGACUUUGGAAUUGCAAGAGUUCUAAAUAGCACUGUAGAACUUGCAAGGACCUGCAUAGGUACACCGUAUUAUCUGUCUCCUGAGAUUUGUGAAAAUAAGCCUUAUAACAAUAAAAGUGACAUAUGGGCAUUGGGCUGUGUUCUAUAUGAAAUGUGCACACUUAAGCAUGCUUUUGAGGCUGGAAACAUGAAAAACUUGGUUCUGAAGAUAAUCCGUGGGACAUAUCCUCCUGUAUCUUUACACUAUUCCUAUGACUUACGCAAUUUGAUUGCACAGUUAUUUAAAAGAAAUCCUAGGGAUAGACCUUCUGUGAACUCCAUAUUGGAGAAACCAUUUGUAGUUAGAAGAAUUGAAAAAUUGCUUACACCACAGCUUCUUGCUCAGGAAUUCAGUCAUGCCGUUGUUCAUAUUCAGCCUAAACCUAAUGUGAUGCCUGUAAAGCGGUCUGCACCAGGCCCAGCUUCUGCUUCUGUGGCUCCUGCUCAAAAAAUAACAAAACCAGCAGCAAAGUAUGGAGUGCCUUUAAAUGUACAGAGAUCCAGAGAUGUAGUAAAGAAGUCUGGUGGUCGCAAGCCUUUAGUGAAGCAUAAACAGGCCCAGCCAGCUGCCAUGAAGAAAGUGAGUCAGGAUGAGGAAAGGAGGAAAAAGUAUGAGGAAUUUGUCAGGAAGAGAAGACUUGAAUUAAUGGAAAAGGAUAGGAAGCAAAGAGAACAUUUGCAUCUAUUAAAGGCAGAGCAAGUAAAGAAAUUCGAAAGAGAAAAGGUGAAUCGAAUAAAUCGGGCCAGGGAGCAAGGAUGGAAACCUGUUCUUAGCUCUAGUGGAGGUGGUGAUGGCAAGGCUGCUUUUCUUGGGGGAAGAUAUGGUGGCGGCGGCAUUGGCAUUGGUGGUGGUGGUGGUGGUGGUGGGUUUGCACCAGUGCUUGGACCAGCAUGUAACCGAGGACAGUAUGAACACUUUUACGCAGCACUUGAUCAAAUGCAACGAAAAGAUGACAUGAAACCAAAUGAAGUUUCUAGAUCAGAGUCUCCUGCACCAGAACAUGUUGUCUACAAUGAUCCUCAGCCAUUACCUAAUUCAGAUGCCUUUAGAAAAGAGUUAAAACGUCUGGAGAUUGUAUCAAGAAAUGCCAAUGCAAACAGACAAAGAGGACAAGCAGCUGCAGAACAAGCAAAGCAGGUGGAGGAGUUUUGGCAAAGGAAGCGAGAGGCUAUGUUAAACAAGGCCAGAGCAGAAGGGCAACUGGGUGCCCUGCAAAAACUGGCAGCUAUCUAUGGAGGCAAGCCUAAUUCUGCAGGUGGUGGAAAAACCAGAAACAAAGAAGAAGAGGAAUAUUUAGCUCGACUUCGACAAAUUCGACUUCAAAAUUUCAAUGAACGUCAACAGAUCAAAGCCAAGCUUCGAGGUGAAAAGAAUGACAGUGACUUGUCAGAUGGUCAGGAAUCAAACGAUGAAUCAGAAUUGAGACGGAAGAAAAUUGAAGCACUAAAGGUCCAAGCAAAUGCCCGAAUGAAGGAACAGGUGGAAAAGAAGAGACGAGAAGCUUAUGAAAGGGAGAAAAAAGUUUGGGAAGAGCAUCUGGAAGCUAAAGGAUUCAAAGUUGUCCCAGUUUUACCUUCUCAAGCAGCUGUGGAACAAGGACAACAGGAAAUGUCAAGUAAACCUGGCCCGUCUGUAAAAGUGGUUGCACCAGUAAUAUCUAUGACUGCUGCCCUGAAAGAUGUAGGUGCUGGUGACGUAAUGCCAGGAAUCACAGUGGAGGACAGCAAGAAGCCAGAACCAUCAUGCCCACAGAGUGACAAAAGAGAAAUUCUGCGACGGCUGAAUCAGAAUCUUAAGACUCGGCAAGUGUCAGAUGAGGAAGAGAGUAAAUCCCCGGUAAUUCUUCAGGCUUCACCGAGUGUUCCUCAUCAAUGUGACAUGAAGAAAGAGGAAAAAAUAUGCCCAGCAGGUGACAGAAAGAAAUGGGAAGCGCAUCCACAGGCUGUUAUUCCUGUAGCACAGUUGACAAUGGAGGAGACUGGUUUGCCUAUGACAGAGAAAACUAUUGGAGAAGUCAUCAAACUGCAGGCCAUGGAGCCAUCAAGACGAGAGUGGGGAAAAUGUCCUGAUGUCAGUGUUCUGAAAGUACUGGAAGAAGCGAAACUACAGCCACAGACACUAAUGUUACAAGAUGCUGCACUUGGUAAAACUGAAAUCAGCAUUCAGAAGACAGAUGAAACAGUAAAAAUUAAGGAGACAGAAACUGUAUGGAAUUCAGAAACUGGCAAGCAGGCAACUGAAAUUAUCAAAAGAGACUCAAAGCAUGAAGAUACUACAGAGGCAAAAUCCUCAACAGAUUUAGACUUGGCACCUGAACCUGUGAAGCCAUCUGAUGGACUUGACGACCCAGAAGAUUUGGAAGCAGAAGUGCUUGAAGAAGUUGGCACAAAGGAGUCUGAUUCUGAGCACUCAAAAACAUUACAUGUGGCCAUCAACGCAUGGGAAAAGGAAUCAGAAUCCCUAAAUGUUAAGCCUCAAGAAUUCGGCCUUGUCCAAGAGAAUCAUAGUCAAGCACAUACAGAGCAAGAAGAUGAAACAAACCACACAACAGAGGAGCAAACAGCCAAAGAAAUGACCUCUGAUGAAAACCAGGGAUUAGAACCCCUGUUUCAGAGGAUAACUACAGCAGCAUACAAAAGAACAGUAGCUUUAGCAAUCUUGUCUGCACAAUCUUCGCUGGAUGAGUCAGUGACAUCACGCUCUCGUUCUGUAUCACCGGUAAAAUCUAAAGAUAAGGACUCUCUACUGAUUGGAUUAUCUACUGGCCUUUUUGAUGCAAAUAAUCCUAAGAUGCUUCGCACUUGCUCUCUUCCUGAUCUGAACAAGCUUUUUAGAACUUUUGUAGUAGAUCCAAACCCACCAGAAGAUAUGCCAGAGGAUAAUCUUGAAAUAGAAGAUUUGGAAGAUGAACCAAAUAAAGAUGAAAGGAACAUCAGUUUUGAAGAUACAAUGUUUGAGGAACCUGACGAAGAUUUAACAGCACUGCAGGCUUCAAUGGAAAGACUGCUGCAGGAACAUCCAAGUGAGGAGUACAGUGAAGAUGAUGAUGUUGCAUUCAAUAAAAAUCAUGCAGAUGCUGUUGAUGGUACUGAAGCUGACAUCAAUGGAGUCAGUGAUGGAGAGGAAGAUAACCGCCUCAGCACUGAGAGUGAUCUUAAUGAAGAGUGGCAUUCAGAUGACUCUGAUGUUGAUGCUGCAAGUGAUGGUGAUCAAGAUAGUAUUUUCAGCCGACUAGAAGCACUAAGGCUCAACCUGGAACAAGAAAUGGGUUUUGAGAAUUUCAUUGAGGCCUACAAUAAAAUAAAGGCUAUACAUGAAGAUGAAGAUGAGAACAUUGACAUUGGUUCCAGUAUAGUGAAGAGUAUUCUCGGCAAUGAACAUUUGCACUUGUACCCAAAGAUCCUUCACCUUGUAAUGGCUGAUGGAGCAUAUCAAGAAGAUAACAAUGAAUAGAAAUGGAUGUGGAGGAUGGCUCACCCCCUGGUACUUUAGAUGGCAAGCAUCAGACCUUUGGUGCAGUGCAUUGAUGUAAUGCUUAAGGGUACUGGCUUCAUGCAUUUAGUUUUUUCAUUUCAUGUCAAAGGACAGGCUCACAGCAAAUUAUUUUUUUCACAUCCAGUAAAAUGUAUUUGUUAUGGUAACUUUAGAUGAUUCACGCUAUUAUAAAAGAUUGUACCCCUAUAAAUAGGGCAUCUAUGCAGUAGAAUGUGUUUUUAAAGGAAAAAAGCCAAAACCAUGAAUGUUUAGUAAUACUGAAAGCAGGAAUCUCAGGCUACAUACAGCCAGUCUUCCAGUGUUUUUCAUUCAUAUUCUGCUCAUAAGUAAACAGUAACAAUAUGGUAAGAUUAAAAAUGUAUACCUUUCAACAAUAUGGAAAAUAUUGAAUUAAAGCAAAGUAUGUGGUGAUAAUGUGCACAUUGAAAGCUUCUGUUUGAAGCUGAGAAGUGCUUAAAUUUAAACAACAGGUCUUGUAUGUAACUUUACAAAUAUUAACGCAAACAUUGUGUAUAAAAGGUUCAACAGUUAUUUAUAUAUAUAUACAGUAUAUAUAAAAAUAUGUGUAGUGAACACCACAGAAUGGAUUAAAAAUGUACAUUAUUAAAACCUAAUAUGUAAUAGAUAAAUUUAUACCAAAUAAAUACAAUUUUGUUAAAUAUU